AUGGUGUAGUGAGGCUGGUGUUUAAGUUACAUCUCCAUCUGGUGUCGGGAAACGCGUGUGUCUGCCCAGGAUGUGACGCAAAAAAGAGGAAAACGCGCUGAGCUUUGUAAAGGAAGCGUUGUGUGUUGUUUGAAAUAACAAAUAAGCAAAUGUUAUUUUUCGCAAUUGCCAAAGCAAGCCACAAAUAUUUGGAUAGCAUCUAGCCAAAGGGCGUUGUUAAUUUAGGUUCAUGUAGUGAUGGCAGCUUCGUUACCUCAGAAGCCAGGGAUGGCAGGGAUGCCCCCUCAGCAACAGCCUCACCUGCCCCCCAGCGCUGCCUCAGUCCAAGGUCAGCAGCCACUGCCCCCUCAGGGACCCCUGAGAGAGAUCUCCCCGGUGUUCCUCUGUCGGAUUGGACAGGAGACCGUCCAAGACAUUGUUACACGCACCAUGGAGAUCUUCCAGAUCACACGAGCCACCCAGCUUCCUAAUGGUGUGAACCAAAGCCAAGUGAUGUACCAGGAUCGCUUUGGGAAGCUCCAGGAACACCUGAGGCAGCUUGGCCUGCUCUUCCGGAAGCUUCGUCUCCUGUAUGAACGCUGUGUGGAGAUGACCUCUGACCUGCAGGAGGGGCCAGCAGAGCUUGUGCCAUAUGUUGGAGAGGAGCUGGAUUCUGUCAGAGUGGAGUCGUGCAGUCCUGCUGUCAACCAGGAAAGAAAAGAAGUUCUGGAGAAGGUACGUCAGAAGAACCAGGAGAUGAAGGUUUUGAUGGAUCAGAUGAGGAACCUGCUGUGGGAUGUCAAUGCCAUGCUCACACUCAGGAAAUGAGAACUCUUCAUAUGAGCCGCUCUCUCUUCCAUAUGUCCACCACAGAUGUAUUGGACUGCAUAAUGGCAAAGAGCAGGUGAAAUAAGGACAUUUCUGUUGGAUUUUGGAUACGAGACCUUCCAUUUAGGUGCACUUCUUUUGGUGGUGGUGGCACUUAAUCACUGGCAGGUUACAAGUUCACCCAGCAUCUUUUUUGUUACAUUGAAGCUGCUGAGGGAAAACUAGUAAACCAAGAUGAAAUGAAAGCUUAAAAAGAUGAGCUUGUUUUAAUCUAAUACACUCCAGCUCUUUACAUAGAAUAAUGUUUCUGUUCAAGGCAGCUAUUUUGUGAUUGCCAAAUGCUCUGCAGGUGUUAAUUUAUCACUGCAUACAUGUUCAAAUAGCUUGUAGGCUUAGAUUUUCAUAUUGUCUAAAUUAUGAGUUGAAUCCUGUUGGGAGAGUAAAUUUUUCUUAAAACUGUGUUCACAGUGUUUCACCACCAGAUAAACUUGACUUAGUUGCAGAAGCUGAUCUGACAGUGUUUACAGUUGCCUUUAUUAUGCGCUGUCAGUUGUAAAAACAUCAUGGGUUCAGAAUUCAAAUUAGGCCCGUGGCAGCUACAGUAUGCAUCUCAGGUGCUUUGUACAUAAGUGUGUGUGUGUGUGCACACAUGUGUUUAAUGUGAUUAGAUUCCUCAGCGCUUGACAACACCUGUUUAACCUGUAGGUGUUGAGACUUGCCAGCCUGUGAGAUUAUUUUUGUAAACUGUGGGACAAAAGGUAGACUUGCUGGGUCACUUCAGUUUUGUAUCAAAUAAACUGAUACAUGUCUGAGCAGAUACUUCUGACAUGUAACCGUGUAUAUGCUGUACAGUGUGUUAAAUUACAUGUACAGAUAAAUGACCCGGGCGUGUUUGAACAGAGG